AUGUUUUUCUCUAUAGAUGACCAUUAUGAUAAUUAUACAAAGGGUGUGGAUUAUGACACAUACUCUGGACUGGAUGAUUUUGAAGCAAAUUCUAUAUCAAGUGUAGACAAUGAUGAUUUUUCAGAGUGUCUGUGCAUACCACAAGACCGACUAGAGGAUAUAGAGUUUUUUCCUAAUUUUUCUGGUGAUUUAAUCUCUUUCAAUGACAUCCCUCUCUCGGGGUGGAAUGACAAUACAUCAAGCACUCUACCGGACAAUAAUCUCAAUUUACUUCAAUUUUCGAAGAAGAAACCAAGGACUAAAAGGCAUAGGAGGAGUAUGAAAAGUUUUUCAGGAGUACAGAAUCUAGACUUGUCUAAGUACUUGAAGAAAAGAAGAUGCAGUCAUUGUCAAUCAGAGAAGACACCACAGUGGAGGAUGGGACCAAUGGGGCCGAAAACACUAUGUAAUGCUUGUGGCGUGAGAUACAAGUCAGGAAGAUUGGUACCGGAAUAUCGGCCGGCGGCUAGUCCCACUUUUGAUAGUUUCAAGCAUUCGAAUUUUCAUAGGAAUAUACUGAAACGUAAAGCCAUCGACUAG